AUGACACUGUUAGUAAUUGAUACAAUUCGGUUAUACAAAUAACACUGCCUAUAAAUGACAUUAUAACAUUUUAAAAUGACAUCGUGUAUAACCGAAUAGUGUCAGUUAUAAGAAAGUAUCAUUUGAAUAACCGAAUAUUGUCAUUUAUACGGUUGGAGUAAGGAGAAUGAGGGUAAUAAUUCAUUCCUAGUGGGGUAGCAACCCUCCACUGAGUCUCCCUAUAUGUGAAGGUGAAUCCAGCAUGCAAAUUAAACCAAAAAUGCCAUCAGAAACGAGUCCAGCAACUCCAGAAUAUCUGCAGCAAGAAGAAAGCGUAGGUGAAGAAGUGAACGAGCUGAUCAGCAGACUCCCGAAAGAAAAGGGGUGGCUGACCGCUCACCUCUACCAAUAUCAAGGCUUCUGGUAUCCCGUCCGCCACCUCGCCGGCGUCCUCGCCUGCCAAAAGCACUUCCUCUCCGAAGACAACGACAUCUUCCUGGUGUCCACCCCCAAAUCCGGCACCACCUGGCUCAAGGCCAUCGUCUUCGCCCUCGUCAACCGCUCCCGCUUCCCCACCAAGCCCCACCCCCUCACCGCCUCCAACCCCCACGACCUCGUCCCCUUCCUCGAGAUCAACCACUAUGUCGACGGCCGGAUCCCCGACCUCUCCUCCUCCCCCUCGCCGCGCCUCUUCUCCACGCACCUCCCGCUCCUAUCCCUGCCGGAAUCCGUCGGGAGGAGCCAUGCAUGCAAGAUCGUCUACCUCUGCCGGAACCCUAAGGACAUUUUCGUCUCGCUCUGGCACUUCACCAACGGCCUCAAGCCGCUCCACUCUCCGCCCAACUCCAUGGCCGAUGUUGUAGACAUGUUUCUACGCGGCGUGAGCUUGUUCGGGCCGUGUUGGGACCACGCGCUUCACUAUUGGAAUCUUUGCAAGGAGGAUUCCGGCAGGGUGAUGUUCGUGAGGUUCGAGGAGAUGAAGGAGCGCCCCAAGGCUCAGCUGCGGCGCCUCUCCGAGUUCCUGGGAUGCCCUUUCUCCGCCGCCGAGGAGGAGGCCGGCGCCGUCGAGGAGAUAUUGCGGCUCUGCAGUUUUGAGAACUUGAGCGACCUCGAGGUUAAUCGGAGCGGGAGGCUGUCGUCCGGCGAGGAGAAUAGGGUGUUCUUCCGCCGUGGAGUCGUCGGAGAUUGGAGGAAUUAUUUGGAUGACGAGACGGCCGCCAGGUUUGAUCGGAUUGCGGAGGAGAAGUUCCGGGGAUCCGGAUUGGUGCUAUGAUUCUUCUCCAUUUUUUUUUUUAAAUUAUCAAGCUCGUGAGUGUGCAGUAUGUGAAUAGUCGGUCGAAUUUGAAUUUGAAUUUCUAUCGUGGAUUUGGUGGUGCUUUUUUAUAUUAAAGAUUGAUUAGUAUAUCACGAUACCCACGCGAUAUAUGAGGUUUGAAAGUUUGUGUGUAAUAGUAUUUUUAUUUGAAAGUUUGGAAGUUGUAAUGGAAUUAAGGUUUGUGUGUU